CAGGACUGGCAGCUUAAGCAAGCAACAUGGCCGGAGACUUUCAGUUUAUUUCGAUCCAAGUCAACGAGCCCGUAAAGGACAAGGCGACGCGGCGUCGGGCGCGGUCGCACGCGCUGAAGAAAGCGCUGGAAAGGAAACGGAAGGACCAGCAACGCUCUAGGACCAAUUUCAUUCUGACAACCUUUGAAGACCCGGAUAUCGAUCCUAAUUUCAAUGAUUCAGCUCAGACAGUCAAGCCAUAUACCAUGACUUGUACCAAUCCACCAGCUCCAGUUUACUCCCCCCUCUCGAGUGCUCUCGAUCCGUUCCAGACCCUUGCAGUGGACUCUUCCAGGCUGCAGGCACUGCUUGGUGAUUAUAGGGCCAGGCAAGCUCCUGAGCCGGUCUUCAGCGUCGCCGAGGAACUGGCCUUCCAGAGCUUUCGCUCGGUCUUUCGAACUGGCUUCCAAGACCCCGCUCUGAUUAAUGCCGUGAUGCUUACUCUCGCAUUUGCCGUCACCGGCGGCAGUCUGGACCGGGAGUGUUUGCGGUAUCAGGGUCAUGCGAUCACAUAUAUCCGCGAGCGGAUGGACUCGGAGCAUGACGCUGCCUCGGAGGCGGUUAUCGGCGCCAUAUUGCUGAUCGCAGGUGUGGGGGCUCGCCUCGGACUGAAGCCCCAGGUCGAACUUCACAUGGGCGCAGUGCAGCAACUGCUGCAAAUCUGCCAGAGAAAGAGCAUCCAUCUGACUCCGGGAAUCCAACGAGCCAUAUUCUGGCAAGACCUGAACUCAUCCCUCAUAGUGGGGUCCAAACGCAUCGUCAACCACACCACCUUCGCCCCCCUCCUCUGGACCCGGGAUGCCUUCGUGCCCAACUUCUAUCGUCUCCCACCAGGAUUUCAAUCCCGGUCGCACAUCUUCGGGGAAGAGUUCAGUACAGUUCUAGAAGACGUCCAUGCUCUGCAAUGCAUCCGGAACAUCCCGCGAUCGUCGCACAUUGAUGCGUUGGGCAUGCUGCAUAUCAACAACCACGUCGCCUCCAUCCAGUCGCGGCUCAAGGCCCUGUCGGGGCUGAGUCGACUGCAGGAGUGUUGUCGUCUCGCGGCAUACUUGUGCUCCAUGACGCUGUGCUGUAAGAUCUGGUGUGAGUUGGUGCUUCCGUCGCACAUGUCAUCCCAGCUCCUCUUUAACAUCAGGACGCUGCGUGCCGACGCCGACGCCGGGGCAUGGGACGGCGAUCGGGAUGCUGAUCUGCUCGUCUGGCUGCUCCAUAUCGGCGGCGCAUUUGCGCCGGUCGGACCAGUUCGCUCGGGUUAUGUGAACGUGCUUGCCCUUGAUUAUCCCCACAUCUCGUGGGCAAGACUGCAUCAGUGUAUGCGACAGUUCAUCUGGUCUGAUGACGCGUUCUUGAUGCCGGUCAGGGCGCUGUGGACCGAAGUCUCGCAGUAUCAGUUGCGGGGAGUGUGAGGAUUGAGUGCUUGGUUAGUCUGCAUUCUUCCACCUCAGACUCAAUCUGGCGGCGCCAGCUCAACUCUAAGAGCGUAAUGAUUUAUGUCUGUAAAUGAUACAUCUAAG